UACUGAUGGCGUCUUCGUUUUUUGGGUGCAGUGUUUGUUUUCAGUGGAAAUUAACACAGCUAAAGAAUAUGCCUGUGUUUAUGUGAACACGACAAGGACUUUACUCUGAAAUUUUGCCACUGCAUCUCCUUUAAAAUCAUUGUUGUGUCGUCUUGGAAACUGUCCGCGUGUGUGCUUCGCUUUGAAUGCUGUCGUCUGCGAGACAAUUUCGAUUCGUGAGCGGCUUUAUGGCCGCUGUCUUAGCCUUUUGACAAGUUGGUGAACCUUUGGUCACACACGUUUUAUCUCUGUGUUACGAGCUUGUGAUCUGGUUGUGAGGCAGUUGGAGCACCUGCAAACUGAAAAGCGUCCACGGUGCUAAGAGCAAGAUAAAUGUGGACGAUGAUGACCUACGGGCUUGAAUGAAGGGAAGUUCUCCGUUCUGCUGGUUCACAGGUGCUCCGCCAACCAUGGCUCUUCUUCUUCCGGUCACAGCGUUGACGGCAGUCGUACUACUCGUCUCGGCCAAUCGCGUCGUGCCACCAGAUCAUGUACAGGAAUUUUCGUGCGGCCGCCUCUACUACCGGACCUUUUACAUGGACCGCAAGCGAGAGGUUCUCUUCGUGGGCGGAAUGGAUAAGGUGUUCCGACUCAACUUGGCGAGCAUCAACAGAACCAAGUGCAACGACCGAACGCUUACGGCCAACCCGAACGUCGUGGUCUCGUGCGUUUACAAGGGCAAAAGAGAGGACUAUGAAUGCAGAAAUCACAUCAAGGUGAUCCAGCCCAUAGGUGACGGAAGCAAACUCUACAUCUGCGGAACCAACGCUCAGAAUCCGAGGGAUUUGGAAAUUUAUAGCAACAAUUUGACGGAGGUACCAAAAGAGCACCUGACAUUACGUGACAUUGGACGAGGCAUUGGAAAAUGCCCCUUUGAUCCAGAUGACAAUUCAACUGCGAUAUGGGUUGAAAAGGGCAACCCUGGUGACUUGCCCGGCCUCUACAGCGGUACAGUCGCAGAGUUCACCAAGGCCGACACAGUCAUCUUCCGCUCUGCACUCUUCAACAGGACCACACACGAACAGGAGGAGCUUUUCAUGCGAACUCUGAAAUACGACUCCAUGUGGCUGGACAAGCCCAACUUUGUCGGAUCCUUCGACAUUGGUGACCACGUGUAUUAUUUCUUCCGUGAGAGUGCAGUCGAGUACAUCAACUGCGGAAAAGUCAUCUACUCCAGAGUUGCUAGAGUGUGUAAGAAAGACACCGGUGGCAAGAAUAUCCUUACCCACAAUUGGGCAACAUUCCUCAAGGCAAGGCUCAACUGUUCCAUACCCGGAGAAUAUCCGUUCUACUUCAACGAAAUUCAAAGCGUUUACAAGUUUCCGGACGACGAUAAUCAUAUCUACGCCGUGUUUACAACAUCACUUCACGGAGGUCCCUAUGGAUCUGCCGUCUGCUCGUUCCUCUUGAGCGACAUUCAGGGGGUGUUUGCCGGAAAAUUCAAGGAACAGAAGACGUCGUCCUCUGCGUGGCUGCCCGUUUUGACCAGCCAAGUGCCGGAGCCCAGGCCGGGGCUCUGCGUAAACAGCACCAAGACUCUCCCGGAUGCUGUGCUCAACUUCCUCCGCACCCACACGUUGAUGGACUCGGCGGUGCCUCAGUCCAGGGGACCCAAGGCUGCGGGGCCAGUGUUCUAUCGAGAGAACGUCGUCUUCCUCUCUCUGGCUGUGCACAGGGUCGAGGUGGACGGCGUAGAUUACGUGGUCUACUACACUGGGACACGUGACGGCCUCGUGUAUAAAUUGGUGGAGUGGAAAGACAGGUCUGGAGAAGCCUUCUCCAAUUUGGUAGACGUCUUUGAGGGAAGUCCUGGGGAACCCAUUCGCACCAUGGAUAUCUCUAGCGUGCACAAGUCGCUGUACGUCGGAUCGGACGACGCAGUACGUCAGUUCUCCUUACACAUGUGCAGAGGGCGGCACUUAAGCUGCGUGCGCUGCAUUCGUGAUCCUUACUGCGGCUGGGACCAGGAGCACCAUGAGUGCAAGCCCUAUGUCAAUGGGUACUUGCAGGAUGUGACAAACAGUACACCUGGAAUAUGUGAAAAGAGCAUUCGUCGGAAGCAAAUUCAUGCCUACUGGGGUGAGAGUAUUCACCUGUCUUGCCAAGCACAUCAUCCAGAUCUCCUGGAACCACCAGGAGGCGCCAGCUUCCUUCCUUCAAACCGUCUACCACCACAGACACUGCAAUGGAUUCACUACAGCAGGGAGAAAGGUCGGCGUGUCGUCAUGCCGAAACGGGACAAGUACGUGCACAGUCAGGACCAUGGCCUCGUGGUGAUGGCGUUGACGGAGAGGGAUGCUGGGCGCUACGAUCUGCAUCUUGACCCUAUUGGGACACUUUGUAGCUACAACGUAACCGUGGACACCAAAACGUGUGCUGCACCUACAGAAACUGAAUACCGCAAGAUCUACUCUGACUGGUGCCACGAAUUUGAAAAGUACAAGCACGCCAUGAAAACCUGGCAGACCAAACAGGCGAAAUGUCAAGGCGCACAUCCGAACGACGUCACCUACCACGGCAACCCGUCCGCUUGAGAUCCACGACCGAUAUUCAGACCCAUCACAACCGUACCGCCAAUACUGCUACUACUACUACUACAGAGUUAAACAAAACAGUGCUCAAUCCACCUGCUCCACUUUCCCCCACGUUUUUUGCAGAGAGAAUUUUCGAGAAACAAGAGAGUCAUAUACACAAUAUGACAUUGUGUCCGAGGUGCGUGCGGACGACGCAGGAACUGUAGGGAUUGACCCGACCGAAAGCCACGUGUUGUCAACGGUAACGCAUUUGUUGCCAGCCUUGGACUGCGUUUCGGGACGGGUGCGUCCGUGUGUGUGUGGUGCGUCCGUGUGUCUGUCCCUCUAUUGUGGCGAAAACGGACGCUGCUGUGUGUUUUACAGACUCUUAGAUGGUUCAUUUCUUCACUGCCCUCGCCCGCCCUACACAGGUGUAGCAGAUUUUUUUUUCUUCUAAUUUUGGAAAGCCUCCUUGAGAGAAAGAGGAAGCUCUAACCUGGUUGUAUAGCUUCUCUAGAUGCUUGUUUUCCCACCGACAUCCCGUGGAUGUCCCCGUGCUUCAAUCUCCACGAUGAGACGACUGCAAGCAUUUUUCCUUACCACUGUCUCUGCCAUGGUGGCAAGACGCAGAGUUAAGGAAUCGGCAAGCCACGUGGCAGAACGAUUUGUUGAGUUGACGGAGCCGGAUUCGCAUCCCGUAUAGUAUUUUCUUAAAACUAUAUUUAAGUGUUCUUUGCUGAGUGAUAGAGAGUGAACUGUACCUUUUAGGUGAACAGGUUUUAUUUUUGUGUUACUUUUUGUUUGUCUUUUAUGCAUGUUUUACUUUACUCGGUGCAUGAACCUUUAAGAGAGAAGGUCACAGUGAUGUGAUAGAGCAUUUAUGUUAGUUCUCUACUAGGUAGGUAGAUCUGAGCUCUCAGUUUGUUCUGUACUUUUAUUUUGUACAGGGUUGUGACAGGAACAAUGCUUCUGAGUUUUGGCUCUGGCUGGCAUAUUGUUGCUAGCACUUCUUUUUUUUAAAGUUUUACAGAGAAAAGCUCACCUUGGGCUAGAUAUACGACAACUGCACUUGCACUUUGCAGCAGCUUACUGAAUCAUGCAACUUAUUCACUCUGUAAUUCGUGAGUGUGCUUAAGAACAAAACACAUAAGCAAUGAGCAUUUUGACAUUUCCGGACAACACCACCUACUCAUUCACCAGAAUCAGAGUAGCUGGCUUGAUUGACAGGACACUGAAACAACGCAUUCUAAGAAAUCAUCGACCUUGCGAAUCGUCGUAUUCACCAGAAAGUAAAGUUCUCAAACCAAGUAUUCUAUAACUUACGAGUGUAAAUGACCUGGUUGCCAGGGCUUUUUGCCUAUAUAUUACAGGCGAAGAGCGCCGUGGAGAUUUUGUUGUCAUAAUCUUUUUUUAUGUUUCUAUACUUAGUCUUUAGGUGUUAGUCUUCAGUCAAAUUGUUUAUGCAUUUUCUUGCAAAAAUUUUUCAUUUAUGUUUGUUCAAAUUAAGAACUUCUCUGUCAUAAUUUGCAAAUUAUUUGCAUUUUUUGUUUUUUAAAAUUUAUUUGUACAAUCAUGCAAUGUCCUUUCUUACUAAAUCUGCUUGCCAUGUGCAGAUAUUUGUCAACACCACCCUGAUGUUUUUUUUUUUCAGUUCUCUCGACCACUCUGAUUGGUAUGUUACAUUUACUUGUAGAACAGGAUGCAGUAUACUUGGGGUCCAACUUUUUGGGGUUAGAUGUGUUUCCCAGACUCCCAGGGGGGGAAAAUCCAGUGCUAGGUCCACAAGUAACUCACGAAAGAGCCAAAUUCCUAUAGGCAAGCUCCUGUGGAGGAUGUGUGUGUUGUGUUUGUCCCUGGAUGGCUCAUUGAUUGGCUCAUUGAUUGGCUCAUUGAUUGGCUCAUUGAUUGGCUCAUUGAUUGGCUCAUUGAUUGGCUCAUUGAUUGGCUCAUUGAUUGGCUCAUUGAUUGGCUCAUUGAUUGGCUCAUUGAUUGGCUCAUUGAUUGGCUCAUUGAUUGGCUCAUUGAUUGGCUCAUUGAUUGGCUCAUUGAUUGGCUCAUUGAUUGGCUCAUUGAUUGGCUCAUUGACUGGCUCAUUGACUGGCUCAUUGACUGGCUCAUUGACUGGCUCAUUGACUGGCUCAUUGACUGGCUCAUUUGCUCAUCUGUAAUCAGGUUCUAGUUUCAUAUUCGAAAUUCAGAAUAAAAUAGCAGGCUAUCGAUAAAUUCGGGUGUUAUCAGGCUAUUUCUUUUUCAUUCUGUCCAGCAAGCAGUGCAGAGUUAGAGGCGCAUAUAUUGGUUAAACACGCAUUCCUCGCGAUUUAUAGCCACAGGCGUCAUACGUUGUAAAAUCAAAUAUACUUCGCAGUAUUUAUUUUCGCAUUCAAGCAAUAUUUAUACCAGACAUGCAUAUCAAUUGCUACUACAUAGUUUAUGUGAUAAAUGACAUAGCGUAAUAGGUGUUUGGAAUUCGGAGAGAAAUCUGGUCUAACCCGAGGAAGUUGGAGCACAAGUAUACUUGUUGUCUAUUAAUUGCAUCAGUUUCAUAUACAUAUUGGUUUCAUAAACAUUUUGGAACUCAUGGUGGAAUUUUUGUGACGAGAACACACCUUGUGAUGAGCACAACAGCUAAUGAUCAGAAUGUUUUUGCAUAUAUUUAGAGUUCUCUAUUUAGAAAGUGCAUUUUACCAACGUUACGUUCUCAUAUAUUUCGAAAAGUGUCUUAAUGGGAAUUGCAUAUUUGGCAGUUUUAUUUUAGCUAGUGUUAGGCCACUAGAGUGGCCACUAUUUGUUUGUGAAGACAUGGUAUGGUGCAGCAAACACACUCUAUCAUUAUGGCAGCUCUUUGUUUUGCUCUUAUUGUUUCAUAUCACCCUUUUUUCUUGUUGUCAGAGCAAGAGUCCUCUUAGCUUGCUCUACGUUAGCAGAGACGUGUUGUGAGUUUGUCGUAUCAUAUCCUUCACUGAACAACGCAGCAACAAUUUUACAGGAAACUCGCAUUGUUAGCGUUAUUCCUUAUUUAUUUUUAGAGCCUGAAGUUUUAGGGUUUAACCCGUUUCUUCCCCGAAUUGAAGGUUGCCUCAUUAGGUUGAAACCCCGAUUUUUACCCGGCAAAUUGCUCUCACUGAGACGUCUGUAGGAAUGCACGCUAACUUGUUUGGCUGCGAAUGCAGGUAAGUCACCGUUUGUAUCAAACCAGUACAGCUAGUUUGAGUAACUGAGCCUGAUUUCUUCCAGAAUUUGGCAUACUCAAAGCUUUUUCACCCAAAUAUGCACGAAUUUAGAGCGAAUACGUUUAUUUAUCAGAUUUUGAACGCCCAAAUUCAGAAAAAAAAAUAUUUCCCGAAAACUUCAGGCUCCAUUUAUUUUUAGUCAUUAUUUCAUGCAGUAUUUGAACAAAAGCAGCUACGAUUGCCAGGUAAUGCCGACCGCAGUAAAGGUUCCCCGAGUGUCUCUGGCUACACGACUGUAAGGGUGUGAAAGGUUUGGCCACAUUGUCAGAAUAAGUUUGGUGAAUAGUACGAGGGGGCAACACUCUCCCCCUGAUGCUUCAGGCUUCCUACAAAUGCUUUUACCGACGGUUUGGAAGAGUCAUCUUUUAACAUCACGUAAAACCUGUUACCUUCAGCUUACUUUUUCUGUACUUUGAAGUAGAAUGUAUUUAUCGGUCCUGGAAAAAUAUGUAAGUAACAGACGGACAAUUUAACAGUGUUUCAUAUGUAUAAAAGUAAAUAAACGUCUCUUUCUAGUG